AUGGAGUCAACUCCGCCCGAUAACGCCGAGCAGCGCGACGCAGAAUUGGUUCAGGCAGGAACGCGAUUUGGCUAUGGUUAUUGGCUGCAACCCAUUGUCAACUCGAACAAUAUGGACCACCAGUCCGGAGCUGAGAACGUGUCCUUGGAUAUAGGGGAAUCUGCGCUUCCACGCCGCGGGCGGGGAAGACCUCGCGUUAGCAAGCCACGCGACGAGAGCGCUAUCGAGAAACGUCGCGCCCAGGUGCGCGAGGCACAGCGCACGUAUCAGAAAAGAAAAGAAACUGCGGCGGCUUCGGAGAAGAGAAGGUGUGAUGAUCUCCUACAAGUCCUGUCUGACCUCUCAACCGAUAUUGAGGCACUUCUCCAAGCGGCAUCGAACGCUGGGUGUCUGGAUCAAGACGAUGAAGUUUCGAGGCACAUUCAGAAGCUUUGGUCUUCGUACGAUGCAGCCAUCAAUGCCCCUUGUGUAAAGCCCGAACUCCCACUGCUCCAAGUAAAGAAUGAUCGCCGGGUAGCGGAGCAGCGUAAUUACGACAAUUUCAGGGUAGAGCUGGCGCCAAGACCCGCUCAGGAGCCCUCCCAUGAAACGCGAUAUAGUGGAGCAGUCUCCGACAAUGAUCCACUCCCUACCGAACUCGAACUUGUCCGCGUCAACGAGGGAACUUUGAUUCAAUCGUUUCAAAGGUUUCCCACGGCGGACAAGGUCAUGGCUGGCCGUACUAUGCUCGAUGUCGUUAAGGAACGACAAGCUGCAUUGCGUAGCUCUCAAAGGUUUUGA